AUGAAGAACAAAGAAGGCUGGGACGGCAAAAUGAGGGUCGAACCCAAGGCUGUGAUCACGAAUCCAGAGGCCCUGGAGGACUCUGACUACUCGGAUCCUGAUGCACCGCCAGUGGACGAGAUCCAGGCUGAUGAAGAUCUCUUGGCCGAUGAAGACCCGAACGCAGAGGAUAUCGACCUCGUUCACUGCAAAAUCCAGUCGAUCCCCGCUCUGAAAUUGGAUCGGUUUCCUAAACUCCAGCGACUAUGCAUGCGCCAAAACCAAAUAACACGCAUCGAAUUCCCGUCCAACGUCGCUGCCAGCUUGACAGAGCUCGAUCUCUACGAUAACCUAAUUUCGCAUCUGAAGGGUCUGGAUGAGUUCCAUGAUCUGACAAGCUUGGAUCUGAGCUUCAAUAAGAUCAAGCAUAUUAAGAAUAUCUCGCAUCUCAAGAAAUUGACGGAGAUUUUCUUUGUGCAGAAUAAAAUUGGCAAAAUUGAAGGUUUGGACGGUCUGACUGGGAUUACGAAUUUGGAGUUGGGUGGGAAUAAGAUUCGGGAACUGGAGAACUUGGAAACCUUGACGGCGUUGACACAACUCUGGGUUGGAAAGAACAAGAUCGCCGAGAUGAAAAACCUAGACGCCCUCUCCAACCUUAAAAUCAUCUCCAUUCAAUCCAACCGCCUGACCCAAAUCACAGGCCUCUCCUCCCUCAAGAACCUCGAAGAAAUAUACCUCUCCCACAACGCCAUUACCGACCUAUCAGGCCUGGAACAAAACGAGAACCUGCGCGUGCUAGACUUCUCCAACAACCAAGUCUCUCACUUGGAACACCUUUCCACGCUAAAGAAUCUCGAAGAACUAUGGGGCUCUAAUAACCAGCUCGCGAGCUUUGAAGAGGUCGAGCGUGAGCUGAAGGACAAGGAGCACCUUGAGACCGUUUACUUCGAGGGUAAUCCGUUGCAGAUGAAGGGUCCUGCUGUUUAUCGGAAUAAGGUGCGCUUGGCGCUGCCUCAGAUUAAGCAGAUAGAUGCUACUUUUGUCAAGAUCUGA